AUGGGUUCCGCCAAACCUCGAAUUGUGAGCCCGAUCCACAUCGACGAUUGUACGCAGCCAUGGACUUUCGCUCCAGAUUCCAUCGACUUUGUUCACAUGCGUUAUCUAUUUGGCAGCAUUAAAGACUGGUCAGCGUUGUUCAAGGAAGCCUUCCGGGUAUGUAGACCCGGCGGCUGGGUUGAAAGUCACGAGGCCUCUGCGAUGAUGGAGAGUGACGAUGGAACCGUUACAGACACUAGUGCUAUGCAUGAAUGGGGAAGAUUCUUUAUCGAGGGGGGAAAGAAGAUGGGACAGCCAUGUACCAUUAUCGAAGAUGACCUUCAGCAGAAGUGCAUGCGCGAGGCUGGCUUCGAGGACAUUCAAAUCGCCGACUACAAAGUAAGAACCCAGUCUGACAUUGGCGAACAGUGGCUUACAGCUGCAUUGCAGAUUGCUAUCGGCGGGUGGCCUAAGGAUAAGAAGAUGAGAGAGAUUGGCCAGUAUGUUCUAGCUGCUCUGGAGCAGGACUUUGAAGGAUAUGUUCUAUACAUGGCGAGCCAGCUCUUGGGGUGGUCGAUGCAAGAAGUGAAGGUCUACUGUGCACAGCUCCGACGGGAACUUCGAUCAACCGCGAACCAUCCCUUCUUUCGUUACCGCGCGGUUUAUGGCCGAAAGCCACAAGUUUCUUGA